AAUUGUUGUUGUUUAGGUGGUGAGUGUAGGACACUAACUGUUCAGACUGGUGGAUCUGUUAUUAUUCCUUGUCAUUAUGAAACUAAAUACACCCAACACAAGAAAUACUGGUGCUAUAAUAAAAAUCCAACAUAUAGUUCAUGUUCUCCUUUGGCAUAUGCAAAUGAAACCAAAGGAGACAUGUCAGUAAUUGAUCAUCCUGAUCAGAGUUUAUUUACUGUCACUAUGAGAAACCUGCAGGAUCAAAACACUGGAACUUACUGGUGUGCUGUACAAAAUGAAGAAGACAAGGCUGUUACCGAGUGGUAUAAUAUCACAGUUCAAUCAGCUCCUGAUCUCUCUGUGAUGUCCAGCAGUGUAACUGUAGAUGAAGGUGGUAAUAUCAGUGUACAGUGUCUCUUCACUUCUACAUAUAAGAAUAAAACAAAACAGUGGUGUAGAUAUAAAGAUAAGGGCUGUUACACAGUGGGAAGAUCUGACACAUCCCAGAAUGCAUCAGUUAAGAUCAGUGAUGAUGGGAGAGGAUCUUUGACUGUGGUGAUGUUUGGACUGAUGAAGAAUGAUUCUGGCUGGUAUUACUUCUCUGUAGGAAAUGGUUUGGUUUCUGUUGAAUUAACUAUUACAGAAACAACAGCAGAUAGAGACUCUGACAACUCGGUUAAUUCAUCCUCAGUGAAUCCUGAAUGUGAUGUGAUGUACAGUUCUGUCAUUAAUCUUCCCAAGACUAAAGCAUGUGGACCAGCAGAUGCAAAGGAAAAUGUAAUCUACAGCCUUCUGUGUGAAUAG